CAAACGCGCCUCGCAGAAGGCCACGGAGCCGCACUUGUCGGCGCCCCGUGCCGGGAGAGAAUUCGUCGCUGCCGCAGCUACAACCGUGAAAGCAUGAUUCGUUCCUGCUGGGCGUCCGAGUCGAAGAGACCGAUGCACGCAGCAGCUGCUGGAGCAGGCGAUGCGUGUUGACCUUGCUUUUACCAACGCCUUCUUCUCGUAAGCUUGGCGUGGCGGGUACCGCUACGCUGCGCGUAGUUCAAAGCAGCUGACUUGCUGUAGCGAGCGCGCCAAGAAUCAAAAACACUACCUCCUUACGACUGCCGAACGACGAGUGUCUCGGAGCGCCGGCCGCGUCCGCCUGCCCACCGCUGCCGCCUGCGCUGCUGGAUUGUCUCUUUUUUGCUUGAUUCCUCGGUCAACUUGUGAGUGCCCGUCGUAUCCCCGAUAACGAAGGAGCUCGCCUAGCAGCGGCCUUAGCUUCGCCCGGGCUUACCUCUGGAUACGGCGAUGUAACUGCCGGUCGCCGUUACGCUGGGUUUGUGCUGGACGCAAAAUAGGAUCUACGCAGUGCAAGCCGAAGUCGCUUCAGGUAUUUCGAUGGCUUCGUUCACCUCCUCAAGCAAAAUUUCUGGAGACUCACUGGCACGUCACAGCUCCACAUUUAGCCAGUGCGGACUGCCCCUAAGCCUGAGAGUGCAGCCAAGGGUCUCCAGUGUCGUGGCUUUCAAUACCAGCCACUCGCCAGAACCGCUAGCCGGGUAGCCACGGCUUCGUGCAGCUGUCCUCCAAUUACGAAGAUCUGAAGUUUGUGCGAGUGCAAGUGAAUGUGUUUGUGCUAGCACCAGCGUACAAAUAAGUGCCCCUUCUGCAAGUUUACGUCGGUGACCGCUGUGUGAUCUUGAUGCUCGACCGUCGCAACGAGACGCCAGCAUGGUGACCUUGAAGCGGAACGGAAUUGCCGAAUUCUUGCGUCGUGUUCUAAUCGCUGUUUCGAUGAUGCGCUACUGAAGCUCGAAAUAUUGCAAAAUCGACUUCGCUCGCAGGCCGCGCCAUUCGACAGAGAUUUGACCAAUCUACAGUCGCACCUGCGCCCGAAUUGUGGCAGGAGGCCACCUGCGGAUGAAGGCCGUGGCAUUCCGUGGGAAAGGCGAUAUCGGCUGUGGUUCGCCUAUCGAAUUCGCAGCCCCUUCUUCAUCCUGUGUGACACUUGAAGACGCCGUUAUCAGGCCGAGCAGGAAAGCGAGGCGGCGGAAGCUUUUCUUCUCAUAGUCGCCGCGUUAAAGGAAUCUGCAACCGCAAGGGAACGGGCGCACGGAUUGCCUGGACCUCAGGCGAAUAUCGUCGGUUCUCCGCGUGUUCUACCUGUGCCUCACGGAGAUAUAGUGCUUUGCUUUUUCGUGCUUUAGAGCAGCUAGAGCCGAUCACCAGCACGGCAGUGGUGCCGUGUCCAUUGUGGGUGCCGGGCGCCGCGCGGCGCCCGGCGCGACGACGUCGCCGCGGUCCGAGUGUCCCGUGUCCGGGAGGAUGAGCGUUCGUGAGGUGUGCCACAAGUAUGGGAUGCACGCAAAGCGCCAUUCAGCGCAGGGCCGGAGGUCGCGCGGGCCGCGGCGGCCCCGCGACGCCCUCGGCCGCCGGAGUACCGCCGUCUGCCUCGGACCUCUCGGCGGCAGCCACCAACAAUUCGGCGUCCAACAACCGGUGCCACGCUCCACCGAGCGCCCCCGAGUCUCAGCCGCAGCACCGCAACUCGCGGCCCCAGUGCCUCGAGGGCGCCAGACCUCUUUUCCGCCGCGCUACCAACUGGGAGGUCGUCACCGAGCGAAACGUGCCGCUUUUCGCAAUGCUGGACGGCGGUGCGCCCGACGACGGAAGGAAAGGGACCGUGGCGCUCAAGUACGGGUCCAUGUACCUCACAGUUCCCUCUGUAAAGGUGAUGUUUGUGUUCGGCAAGGAGGACGCGCAGUACAAUGCGCUCAAGUGGGCUGCCGACAAGAUGCACUACGAGUGCACGCUGAGCUCCACCUCGGAGGCGGCCAUCGACAACUACCUCAACGGACAGCCCCACCUGGUGUUCAUCGACUCGCGGAGCAAGAGCACCAUCGACCCUGUGGCUCUGUGCAGGACGCUUCGAGGUUUCAGGGGUAGCCAGUACACGUGCAUCAUCGCUGUCGUAAAGAAAGGGUUGGCCGAAAAGGAGGAAGCAGCUGUCAUCCCGCUGCUGAAAUGCGGUUACAACAGGUGGUUCACGGAGACGUGCUCUCUUGGCAUGUGCCUGAACGAGAUGAUCCAGAUCGAGCACAAUGACCUGAUCAGCCUGUGGAAGCUCAGGUCCUCCGAGGCACUCUUCUCUGCUCUGCACUAUGCACGGGACGGCGUCAUCGUCACCGGUGCCGCGCACGAAAUUCAGUACAUGAACCGGGCUGCCGAGAAGCUGGUGGGCUACUCUGUGGAGGAGAUGCUGGGCGUGGACGCCCAGGAGCUUCACCGCACGGACUCGCUGAAGACCGAGGUGGCCUCCACCAUCUGCACGCAGCUCAAGAAAGGAAAGGAGUGGGAGGGCACCUUGUUCCACAAGCGGAAGUCCGGAGAGUGCAUCCCCAUGUGGAGCAAGAUCGCCCCCGUCGAAAUUCACACUGGGAGGUCGGAUCACGUGGUAUACAUUAAGGAGUGCCCUUUCUUCUUGGAAAAGCCCUUCUCGCCCGACGCUGAUUUCCUGUCUUUUACUCUUAACUCGAGCAUGAAAAGCUCUAGAAAGGCAUCUUGUGAUGUUCGUUCCUUGUGCAGUGACGUUGGAAUGAACAGGCGACAAUCAUUCGCAAAAUUUCAUGCGAUGACGCUGGAGGCGCCCAUAACAAAGGUCAUCAACAUGCUGGUGUCGACGCAAGAGAACAGUUCGGCCAUGGUGGCUCAGGCACUGGACCGCGUCAUCGAAAUACUUCGCUCCACAGAACUCUACAAUCCUCAGCUAGGGGUCGGCCAGGGCAAGUCCGAGGACCAGAUGACAUCGGACCUGGUCACCGGACUAAUCAACACGGGCCAGAAACCAACGGGCGUGCGACGGCUGUCUCACGAGACUUCGCUGAUGAAAGUGAACGUUGUGAACGCAACGGCUUCGACCGGCGUGCUCCCCAGCCUUCAGACGGCGCCUUCCAAGAUCAAGGACUUGCUGGAGAACGACGUCAAGUGGGAGUUCGACAUCAUCGAGCUGGAGACACUCACGGGACGACGGCCUCUCAUCUGGCUAGGCCUGUCGAUCUUCUCGAAACUCAACGUGCACACCAGCCUCGAAUGCGACGACGCCACCAUACGCAACUGGCUGCAGCUGGUGGAGUCUCACUAUCUGGACAACCCCUACCACAACUCCACUCACGCCGGUGACGUCAUGCAGGCCACCGCCUAUUUCCUGCUGAAAUUGCGGAAAAAGGACAUCUUCGAUCCGCUGGACGAGGCGAUCUGCCUCAUAUCGGCCGUGGUACACGACAUCGACCACCCCGGAAAGUCGAGCGCGUUCCUCUGCAACUCGGACCACGAACUUGCCAUCCUCUACAACGACCGCUCUGUCCUGGAGAGUCACCACGCUGCGUUUGCGUUCAAGUUGACCCUGUCGGACGAGAAGGUCAACAUCUUCCACAAGCUUGAUCGUGACGUUUAUCGUUCUGUACGCCUCUCAAUCAUCGACAUGGUGCUGGCCACUGAGAUGACUAAACACUUCGAGCACCUCUCCAAGUUCCUCAACGCGUUCCAGAAGCCUAUGCAAGAGGAGGAAGGCUUCGAGGCGGAGCCCUUGCAAGAGCAUGGAGAGUCCGCCUCAUUGCGCUCCGCCGAAAACAUCAUCCUCAUCAAGCGCAUGCUCAUCAAGUGCUCCGACGUGUCAAACCCAGCUCGGCCCAUCAACCUGUGCAUUCAGUGGGCGCACCGAAUCGCCGAAGAGUACUGCGCCCAGACGGACGAAGAGAAGCGUCUCGGCCUGACGGUGGUGAUGCCCGCUUUCGACCGCGCCACCUGCAGCAUCCCAAACUCGCAGACGGGCUUCAUCAACUACUUUGUGCGCGACAUGUUCAGGGCCUGGUCAGACUUCGGCGAGUUCCCGGAGCUCAUGGAGUACAUCGAGAAGAACUACAUCUACUGGAAGGACAAGGAGCCGUCGUCUUGUCAGCAAGGGAAUCGCUAACGGCUCGUCACCAGUUCACCCAAAGCGCAGAAGUGGCUUCAAUCAUCUUCACUCUUAUGGGUACAAGGGAGGGGAGUUACGACGAGUGAAUGUGGGAGAGAGGACUCGCACGAAUACGUUGAAGAAGGGAGGCUGCUGUGCUGCCUCGAGGACGCUGUCAAACAGUGUGGACGAACGCGGCGAAGCAGGAAAAAAGCUCUCGGCGAUUAACGGGACGAGACGUCGCUGAAGCGCCCAGCGAAGCCAUACUAUUGUCUACGGUGCCAAUCGCUGCAUCGACAUGUGCGCGUGGUGCGUGGCGCGGCAACAGCGGAGUGCACCGCGCUGGUGUGUGUAGGAGGUGAAAACGGCAACUCGAGUGGCGUUCCGUAGCGCUCACAAACGGUGUCGCAAGAAGCCCAACGAUCCGGAGCGUUGACACGGAUGACGUUGCUCGCGAAAGUUUUUUUGUCCCGAUUGAGUGCGUGGCCUUCCCGACGGGACUUUGAAUUUUUUUCUUUGUUUGCUUUCUUUCUCAAACUGUUUGUUGUCGCCGCUUCGCUGAGCUCUCAUUAGCAAAAGGGUGGGGCGACGGACAGAUGCGGGAUAACGGUUAGCUGAAAGGUAGGUGUGUGUAAAAAAAAAUGAAGAGAACGGUACACGUUUGUCUCAACAGUCCCUGCACCAGCCGCACCGCUUGUGUCAAGUGUUUGCCUCUGUCAACAAAGCAGCUAGCCUGCAAAGUGUCUCACCUAAACGUUUGCCUUUGCGCAAUGUUUUCUUUUCCUUGCCUGCUUCUGCGAGCAUUGAUGCUUGUACGUAUAGCUGAGCUGCGGCAGCGGUGUCAUUGCGACGAAACCACUCCGUAUGAAGUCUGAAGCGUCAGGCGCGUGCUAAAUCGUGUCGUUUUUGCUGCUGGGCAGCUAUCAAGUAUUAUCGCUUUCAAUGCGUUUACUAACGGAGCGCCAAAGCAUGUGCGCUUCACUAGACUUACGGGAGUACAGACAGCAGUAUAUAAAUAGUUACCUUGGUUACAUCCGUGGUUGCACUCGCGGAAUUUUCAUGCCCCAUAUUAUUUCAUGUUGACUAGUCGACAAGGCAUUAACAGACAGAAAAGGUAGCAAGGUGCUUCAGAGAUUGCAUUUAGCGCUGUCGUUGCAGUAUGCGGGCGAGAAAUUAAGGGUUGGGCAGAAGGCUCACGAGUGCUAGCGAUGAACGUCCGAGAAUUUUCGGGUUUGUUGCGAAUUUCAAGCAAGCCAAGCACGCCUUACGUAGAGUUGUAAGCUAGAAUAUGUAGACGUCGGAGAACGCGCUCGUAGAGCACAGCGAGCUUGGAAAACUACCGCAGGGUGUCAUCGCGUGCGCAGCGCUAAUUGUAUACGCGCACGCUUCGUUGCGCUGGUGGCGACACUGAUGCAGCAGGACCUGGCAGUUGGACUUUAGCUGCAAAGUAUAGGCAAGUUCAGGUCUUCAUACGCAGGAGAGUUGUUCAAUUACAAAGAAACGACAUACGAUAAAACCGGGCAUGACUGAUCGUCGUCAGCCUCCACAACGAAUUGUGCUGCUGUGUUGGCUUAUGCGUUUCCUUGCAGAAACCUAGUGGUUACUUCACUGAACCGCAAUCUUAAGAGACAUGGCGUGGAGGGUGCUUAGCAACUGCACUUGAAGUUGGCACUGUUUGUGUUCGUAGUGAAAAACAUUUAAUUAAAAAAAAACAUCUGUAGGAGUUCCCUAUACAAUAGGUGGAGUCUAUUCCAGGACCCCGUUGGUUGAAGCCGUCGUCCGGGCUCUCUCGGCCAAGGCCUGCUGGGCCUCGAGGUUUGAGCAGCCGAGCAGGACCGCCUCUCGGUCCUCUCGCUUAGGGUUUUGGUAAAGAGUAAUAAGAGGGGCCCUCGGAGAAGCAAAUCGUGACAGGCGAAUGAGAAAGUAAGAACGUGGUAUGGUUACGCUAUCGCUUUCCACUUAUCGCAGAUUUUUUUUCUGGUUUAUAACCAAUCUUUUCUAUCGGUGCACGUCAAAAUGACGUCACGUGAAGGUAAAUGAACAUGCCCAUGAUAAGUAAAAUACGAACGUACCUGCAGCGAUCCGGCAGCAGUUUUUUGACGGCACGGUCAUUCUUGCGUCAUCCUUCAGAAAGUGAGAUACUGAGUGAAGAGCCUUAUUAAGCGAAUACGCAGUCACUUCCGCUGAAAGGAAAUCGGCACGCUAAAGCGUUGAAGGUAAUUUAUAGCCUGCAUGAAUUUUCUCUCGAUUUACAUUCUUCGAGUGGGGGGAACUAAAAUUCAUCGAUCAUGCAAAUCCCAAAAACUGUAGCCAUCCCUUCUUGUGCAACAUUUUUUUUUUCUUUGCAAUCGUUUCGAUCGCGGCAGCGUAGUUGCGGUGAUUCAGGCAGCAGCAGCUUAGCAGCGGCAUUCGGCUAAAAAAGAAAAUUUAUGCUGGCACUUAACUGGAGACGAAAUUCGAUGAAGAGCGUAUACGUGUUUACGUAGACCGCUCUGGAAUCGCCAGUCUCCAGCCUCCUCCUAACGCAUCUGGGUUGCCACCAGCGGCGUCGGUGCGAGAGUCGCGAAGUUUGUUACCGAUGAAGGUUUCGUGAAAGCGGUUAUUUACAGAGCACAUAUCAAAAACCGAGUAUGAAAGAGUACUAGUCCUCCUGACCACACUUUUCUGUCCGUGCCAAAGAAGUGCACCUGUAUAGCGACCGCGAAUUCAUUGUUUUACCAGUGUUCAUUGCUCAAACAAGACUCCUCCGCGCCCAUCCGUCAUUCACUUCACCGACUGUAUCUCAUGCACGGAAACAGUGUGUUGUGUCAAGGCAAUGUCGCCGGUUUCGUCACAUGCAUGCACUCUACUGCGAUGGUGUAGCCACCGCUUCCUAACCACUCUUGCCCUCUAUAGUGAAUGAAACGGACUGGAAAAAGCGCACCACUUUUUUUGUCGCCACGUUGGUAUACGGCACCUUAAUAUUGCCUCUCGUCUUUGCAUCAAUGAGUCGUGAAGUUACUGAGUGUUGCAGCUAGCAGAAAUUCAACGUCGCAUUCAGUAUGUAUGAAGGGCCUUUAAAGAAUGCUAAAGGUAAUGUGCUACUUGUAUCGCGUAUCACAUAGCAAGGCGCAUGAAAUCAUUUUGUCCGCUAAAAUAACCUUUGCUAUAAUGACUUCGACCAAACCUAAAAUGGCAGAGGCUUGCGGCGUACAGGCAUCUGGGCUAAGUGUGUACUUAGUUCAGGCCUUGUUACGUACUGCAUAAAUGAUUCUGGUCAGAGCAGGAAUUGAGCUUCUGUUUAACGGCUGCGAAUUGACGUAGCCGACUUUCAAAAUUCCUCACAAAAGUGGUUCUCCAGUCGAGUGCUUUCGUGCCGCAGCAAUUCUGUCUUGUUUUCUUUUUCUCUUUUUACUUUAUGUGUUCAGAAAGCUUGAUAAUAGUCGUUUAGAGCGUCUAGGGUAGUUCACGCACUACUUCAGAUACUGCGCGCGUUCACGUAUAUAUAUUUUUUUGGACCAUAAUAAGUCUGGACGUCCAACAACUUCAAAUGAAUCUGCGAUGCCGGUCGUUGUGCAUGAAACUGCUCGCCGUGAGGAAGGGCAUACUGUCUGCACGUUAUUCUUUGUGAUGAUUGAUGUCAGCGCGCAGUCCUCCAUAUUUUGUUCAGUACCUGCGGCACUCAGUAACAGCACGAAGUUCAGAGGUCGUAUAGGCGCAUGUUCGCGUACGCUGAACGUGGUGGCCGCGUCAUAAACAGCCACAUGCGUGUGACUCUGAGUGUGCGUGUAAGAGUAUAUCGUUAGUGCCAACCAACCACUCAUUUCCCAAUAAAAAUGUUGCCAAAGCGGA